GCCCGCCGGGGGACCACACGGCUUCGGCCUCGGAGGGCACCAUGGGCCCGGGACCCCCAAAUUGAGUGGGGGGCUUCGUUGUCAUGGGGACGGCGCUAGGCCGCGAUCGCGGCCUACUCAGCCACUCGAUCGGAGGCUUCGUUGCCGUGGCAACGAGGCUAGGCCGCGCUGGCGGAGGACCCCGAGGGGCCGGACCCGCAUCCCGGGGCCCCGCCGCCAUCCCGGGCUGGGAAACGGGCCGGAUGGUUGCCAGAUGUGGGCUGUGGCGGCGCUUUCCCCGUGGAAGGCGAGAGGAGGGGGGUCUUGGGGAGGGUGGACCCCAGCGGGGCAGGAGGCAGCGAGGCGGGGAGAGGAGGGCGGCGGGGGGAGGGCAGGGGAGAGAGGGCAGGGCCAGGAGGAGGCACCGAGCGGGUUUUUCCUGUCCCCGCAGCCCCGGUGAGUCACGGGAGAGGCGGCGGCAGCAGCGUGAGACCCGUAGGGACAGUAACCCCUCCUCCCCGCCCGCUCUGCGCCCCCCACGUGCGUCCCCGGCCCGCCCCCGACAUGAGGCUGAUGUGGGGAAGGGGCUGACCCGUGCCGUGUGCCCCACGUCCCUACCUCACCAUGGCCUCCCAGCCGCAGCCCCUGCCCCCCGCCGUGCCCUGCGCCUCCCCUGCCGGCACUGGGGGGGCCGGGCUGGCCGGCAGCCCCGAUAAAGGCAGCCCGCGCCCCAAGCCGCCGGUGCGGCCCAAGCCCCGCGUGCUGCCCAAGCCGGCCGUGCCCGCCAAGCCCCCGGUGCCACCCCCCACGCCGGGCCCGCGGCACCCCCGGCCCGAGCUGCCCUCGGCCGAGAAGAUGAACCGCCUGGCCGGGCCCCAGCCCUACAGCGGGGCAGGCGCGGGGGGGCCCCUCCGGCGCCCCUCCUUCACCGUCAGAUCACCCGAGACCCCCAAUGGGAAGGGGCCCUCGUCGCCCUCGGUCGCAGGCACCGAGGAGGAGGUGCCGCCGGCCCCGCCGACCCCCUCACGCAAGGGCCCGGCGCCCUUCAAGGUGACGCCGGUGCCGGUGGCCGCCAGGCCGGAGCGGUUCCCGGGCACCACCGUGGAGGAGAUCCUGGCCAAGAUGGACAGCAGGGAGGGCCCGGGCAGUCCAGACCGGGCCUGGCUCUCGCCCUUCUGCACCGACCCCUCCUCCCGCUUCGGCUCCAAGACCUUUGUUGCUUUCCGGAAGCGUCCCGGCGGGGAGGCAGAUGGAGACCCUGCCGGUGAAGCCCCCCAGAUGCCCCCACCUGCAGCAGGCGAGCUGGGAAUGGGGGAUGAUGGACACCCUGUCGCUGAGACGAGCAGCUCUCCCCCAGCCAGGCCGAGCUGUGCCGGGGAUCCCUGUGGACGCCGGAGGCCGCCAUCCCCUCCUGACCUUUCCACUCUACAGCUGGGUGCCCUCGGACCUCCAGGCUCCCCAAGGCCUCCCACCUGCCCAGCUCCAGCCCCAGGAGCUCCUUUCCAGCCUGCUGAGCCCUCUGCCCCAGCCCCUGGCUCCCCUGAUGCCCCCCCAGAGCUCCUGGCCCCUGACUCCCCCACACUGCCCCCCGGGUCCCCCGAAUCCCCCACUCGGCCUCCAGUCGAGGUCCCCGUCACCUCCAUCCAGGCCCCGGGCGCUCCCUCGGCCACCGAGCCCCAGCUCAGUGUUUCCCGUUCCCCUGGCUCCCCACACACUCCAGGGGAGGGAUCUCCUGGCACUGCCAGCCCCCCUGGCACUCCUGAACUGCCCCCACGAGUCACCUGCCCCCCCGGCUCUCCUGAAGCUGCUGCUGAGUACCUGGGCCCCCCCAGCCCACCCCUUGCCAAAGCCUCUCGUCCCCCAGGCUCCCCAGAGGGACCUGAUGACUCCACAGUGUCCCUACAGUCCCACGAGGGUCCUGAUUUCAAACCUCCUCCCCGGGAUGUGGGACUCCGGCGUUCCUCCGAGGGGGUGCUGCGGCCCCCGCCCACGGGGCAGGGCCUGGGGGAGCUGGGGGGCUCACUGAGUGCCCUGCCCCGGGCUGGAGACCUCCUGUCAGAGCCCUCCCUGGGCAGCGAGUCCGGCUGGAGCCUUUCCCAGUCCUUUGAGUGGACAUUCCCGUCGCGGGGGGCACGCUUGCCAGCCUUCCCUCCCCGCUCCCCCAUCCGGGAGACACCUGACUCAGGGCUCUCCGAAGAGGGGGAGUCAGAUGGGGAGGCUGUGUCCCCCAGCCCUCCAAAGGACAGCAGGUCUGAAGGGCCUGGCAGCCAGCAGGCAGAGGGGGCUCCAUGCCCAGGGGGUCCCGUGGCACAGCAAGAGGCUGAGGGCUCAGCAGAGGAGGAGGAGGAGGAAAGGGAGGCAGAGCAGGAUGCUCCCCCCGUGUCCCACUCCCCACUUCGUGUGACAGAGCCUAGCCAGCACCCAGCUGAGCCUGAGUCCCACACCCUGCCCAGCCUUACCGCAACUGCACCCCUGGAUCCAGCUCCUCCAGAUCCAGCUGCUUCCACUGACUCAGCCUGGGCAGGUGAUGGCCCCAAGAGCUUGCAGGGUCCCGGGGGCCCAGGCCAGGCUGAAAAACCCUCGCAAGACCCUGACCCUCACGCUGACCCGGGCUGGCUGACAGAGCUGUUGGAGUCACCUGGGGUCCACGGCUCUCCGGAGAACCUGCUGGGCUGGUCACGGAAGGACCUGUGCAGUGAGUUUGGCAUUGGCCGCCCUCGACAGGACAGCACCUUUGACUGGAGCCACCCAGGUGCGUCCAGGGAGAGAGACUGGCCUGUUGAGACCAAGGAGGACCAGGAAUUCGGGACCAAAUCCAGCUGGGACAGUAACCACAGCGACAAGGACAGCACUGCCCGGGAGAGCUGGAGUGGUGACUACAGAGCAGCAGAGCUGAUGGGGGACACGAAACUAGGCUGCAGCAACUGGUCCCAGUCCCUUGACACUGGGAAGAGCUGCCCACAGGAUCCAGACUUCAGUGCCAGCACAGCUGAGUGGGGCCAGGGCUAUGGCAGCACGGAGGAGCUUGGCUCUGGACAGGCCAGGUGGGGCAGUGGCCUUGGUGCGGGACAUGUCCAGCAGCUGGACAAGGAGCCGCGCUCCGGGCAGCCCACCUGGGCAAGCAGGUACAGCAGCAGGGACAUGGAGAUGAAGGACAGGGAGCUCACCCCAGACUGGGCCAGUAAAUACAGCAGCCAGGAUGCUGGGAAUAAGGACGAGAAUUUAACGCUGGGCUGGGCUGGCAGAUCCAGCACUAGGGACAGCCCAGAUAAGGAGCUCAGCCCCAGCCGGCCAGCCUGGGACAGGAGGUAUAACCCCAGGGACAUGGAGAGCCAGGACAGGGAGUUCAGCCCCAGCCGGCCAGCCUGGACUCGGGAGUACAGGGACACAGAAAGCCAGGACAGGGAGUUCAGCCCCAGCCGGCCAGCUUGGACUGGUGAAAUCAGGGACAUGGAAAGCCAGGACAGGGAGUUCAGCCCCAGCAGGCCAGCCUGGGAUGACAGAUCCAGCACCACGGGCAUGGAGAGCCAGGACCAGGAGUUCAGCCCCAGCAGGCUAGCCUGGGAUGACAGAUCCAGCACCACGGGCAUGGAGAGCCAGGACCAGGAGUUCAGCCCCAGCAGGCUGGCUGAAGCAAGUGAAUGCAGCAGGGACCUGGAAACCCAGGAUGAGUUCAGUCCCAGCAGAGCAGCCUGGGGUGACAGAUCCAGCGCCAGGGACAUGGAGACCCAGGACAGUGAAUUCACAUCCAGCAGAGCAGCCAGGGAUGGUGGGCACAACACUGAGGACAUGGAGACCCGGAAUGGGGAGUUCAGCCCCAGCAGAAGUGUCUGGGAUGACAGAUCCAGCACCAGGGAUGUGGAGGCACAGGACAGAGAGUUGAGCCCCAGUGGAGCAGCCCAGGAUGGGCAGCACAGCUUUGUGACCCCCAUGGAGGAAAAGCAGGAGCUGGUCCCAGCCCGGCUGAGCUGGCCCGGUGAAGGCAGCAUCGGACAGAUCAGGCUGGUCAGGGUUGGUGAGGAGGACAUGCCCAGCUCCCACCGCCCAGAGCCCCCGGCCCAGGAGCCCACCUGGGGCAGUGCCCACCAGCAGGAGCGUCACAGCUCUGGCAGCAGGGACUGGGCUGAGGAGCUUGGAGCAGCUGAGUGCCAGAACCAGUUUGGUGUCAUUGGGACAGAGCGGGUGCCAGAUUCCUGCAGUGCCAGAGCCUCAGAUGGCUCCAUGUCCGGGGUCCAGCCACAGCUGCAGGCAGGCUUGCACAGGGAUCUCUCUCUGGACAUGAGCAAUGCCCGCUGGAGCCAGGACCUGGACAGCUGGAAUGUGGAGCCACAGGAUGCUGAGGCCAGGCGCCAGGAGUGGGCGAGUGCCUUCAGUGCCCGCUGUGCCGCCCGCAGCCGGGACCUUGGUGCGGGGGAGCAGAGCGUGGGAGGGGACACCAGCGCAGAGCACGGCAGGUCGGCCCCCAGCCCUUCGAUGGGUGACAUUCCAGCUGAUUGCCCAGCUGUGGAGCCCCCCCGGAGUGAGUCACCCAGCCCCUCUGAGGAGGAGAGGCAUCCCUCUGAACCAGCUGCUGCCCCACAGAGCCCCAGGGUCCCCCCUCUGCUGCCAGAGGCUGCCAGUGGGAUCCCAAUGGACACAGGAAGUGAGGAACAGCCCUCAGACCACCCAGAUGGGGAGAGCUCUUCGAGCUGGGGGGAGCAGCGGCUCUCACUUACUACCCCCCAGCCCGAGGGGUCCGUGGAGCAGGGGCAGGAAUUUCCUCUUCUGGAGGACACAGAGCUCCUGGACAGCAGCGUGUUCCGCUGCAAGGCCAGCCUGGGCCGCAAGCGCCAGCACCGGGCGCCAUCCCUGCGCCCCACCACCACCGAGGGGGACAGCUGGAUCUUCCGGGACUCCACAGAGCCCCGGCCAGCCCCAGCAGCGUCCUCCGACGAGGAGGCAGCGGAGGAGCCCCGGAGCCGGCGGAUGCGCGGCUCAUCCUCGGGAAGGGGGGUUAAGGUGCCGCUCUUUCCCGGCCUCAGUGCCUCUGCCAUCAAGGCCAAGCUAAGGGGUCGCAACCGCUCGGCUGAGGAGGGGACAUCAUCAGGGGACAGCAAGGGAACCCCUCCUAAAGACCCCCAUGUGCAGCGCUCCAAGUCCUGCAAGAUCCCUGGUGUGAGUGGGAAACCCCCAGCCCUGCCCCCCAAGCCAGAGAAAUCCUCAGGAUCCGAGGCGUCUCCCCCCCACUGGCUGCAGGCGCUGAAGCUGAAAAGGAAGAAGCCUUGAGCAGGGCUCACUCCGACGCUGAAGCCUGCUGUCCCUGGACCAGGGCUGUCCCCUCCCAUGGGGACACACACACACACACCUAUGCACUUUGUACGAGUUCGCAGGGUCCCUGUCUUCACCUCCUCCCCAUCCCCCCAUUGUACCCCAUCCCCUUGGUUCCCACAGGUGUGGGGGUGGGCACGAGCCCUCCCUUCCCCUCCCCCCUGCUCAUGUAUGGUCCCGGACAAAGGCCAACGGGUCCAGCUCGUGGUGCCACUGCCACAGACAAUAAAACCUCGC